CGCUCCGAGUGUAGCCGCAGCGACUCGGUGGAGAGGCAGCGCCCGCCCUGGACCCGUGCCAGGGUCCCACAGGCCCCGAGCACGCAGCUCCUCCGCCGCCGAAUCGGUGGCGCGCUUGGGCCCGCCGGCGGCACGGCAGUCGCGGGCAUCAGAGCGCCGCGGUGUACGCGGCGUGUGCAUCGAUUGGCCUCGUCGGCAGCGCUCUCUCGGGGCGGCCGGCGUUUUCUCGGUCGUCGUAUCGAUCGGGCCUUUGCAUGCGCGCGCGUGUCCGGCCCCUUGCCAUCCAUUCGCCGCCAGCGGGCUAGCCGGUCUCGCGAAUUCGGCGCCAGAGGUGCCAGUGGGUCCUGCGUGCCGCAAAGCACCGAAGCACGUACGCGCCCGGAGCCACGUACUGGCAGCCUGCCUGCCGGUACGAGCCCUUUCUUCGAGUCACACGUGCACGUCUUCGGCUGUCAGUGGUGCUGCUCCGGAUGGUGGUGCCGGCCCCGCUCAGCUGACGGCAUGGCAGCGGCGGCUAAGAAGGCCUGCGGCGGCAAUGGGACGGGCGGCCCGCUGUCCCGGCCGCUGCUCAAGCGCACCGACACCGAGCUGAGCAUCGACCAGAGCGGCCUGCAGCGACUGCUUCCUCGCCGCCUACGGUUCCUGUUCGCGGACGCGCAGGCCGAGAGCCUCUACCUGGACUACUACCGCCACCAGAAGUGGCUCGACUUCAAGGCAUGGAUGGCCACCGCGUUCCUCUGCUGUUUGGUCCUGGCCGCGGUGGCCGUGGGCCAGUGGUACGUGAGCCUCGACGGUGCCGCGGCCGGCCCACCCUGGUGGUUCUCGCCGUUGCUGGUUGGCCUCCAGUCCCUGUCCUUGAUUAUACUGCUGGCGCUGUUCAUGUGGCCACGUUCCUCGUAUGCCGGUGCAUGGGCCGCUCUGCCCGCGGUUCUAGUGCAGCUGCUGCAAGUCGUCUGCGCCGCAUUCAUUGAAUCCGACUCCACGCUGUGGGAGGACGCCCUGCCGUGGAUGGUGGUGUACUCGUUCGCGGCGCACGUGCUGCUCCCGUGGCGCGUGGUGUCGGCGCUGGCAGCCUCGGGCACCCUGGUGGCCGCCCAGGUGGCGCUGUGCAAGGGCCACCCCUCAGCGGCGUCGCUGCUGCUGCUGGCAUGCGCCAACCUGCUCGGGCUGAUGGCCUUCCUCUGGGUGGAGCGCAUGCAGCGGAGAGCUUUCCUCGAAACGAGGCAGUCUCUCGAGGCCAAGCUGGUCGUCGAGGAGGAGUCACAAGCGCCUCCACGAGGUGCCUGCGUGGGGCGUGUCUGA